UACGCUUCCCCAAGCAAAUAUUCACCGAAGCAUAAGAAAUGGGAAAAGCGAGUGCUUUUCAUUAGACGCUUCAGAAAGUACCUAGCCGGUUCAUUGAGUGCCUAUUGAAUGUGUCAACUUCUUUUUAUUGCUCAUGGCCAAGACAAGGUUUUUUGCACUCAGAUAUCUGGUUUUCAGUUCUGUUCUCAUAAUUGGUACGGUGACAGUUUUGUUGUUUACUCGCUCUUCAAAUAAGAAGACGACCCUAUCAAGCGAAAACCAUUGGAACGUCGUGGCAAACCGAACAUGGUUGUACCUGGGAGAGACUAUUAAACCAACAGAAAAAAAAGACUUGAGAAACAAGAAUUUCCUAUACUUGGUUCAAGCCGAAUCAUGUCUUCCACUACAUUUAUUAAAAGCAAAUUUAUUGGGGAAUGGGGACGAUAGAGAUGCGAUGGUUCUUACCUGGAAAAGCGAGUGCAGACAAAGACAAGGCGAAUCGCUUUCGCAUAUAUCGUACAUCUUCGACAAAAAUCAAACGUGGGGUUCAGGAAGGAACCUUCUUUUCCAGAGAGGACUUAAACGAAGGAACACGUACUUAUACUACAUUUUUCUUGACGAGGAUAUCGAGUUCUCAUUCACAGAAAAUGUUACCAAGAGGGACAUUUACAAUUCGACGAGUCCUCUUACAUCUUUUGAAAACUUUCUCAAAGGUUUGGAGCCCGCUGUAGGAUUAGCGAACUUUUGCAGUCGAUGCGGACGUUUCCUGCCAGAUUCCUCUUAUGUUGCAUCUUCGUGCUGCUCUCCGCGUCCAAUCAACGGUAUUUUACCAUCAGUGUUACCAGUCAGCAUAACAUUUGAUGCAGCGUUCAAUGCUUUCCAUCGCAAUGCGGUAAAAUACUUGUUGCCCUAUAAACUCAACUAUGAGAAUACAAGUUGGUGGGAAAGUCAAAAGUACAUAAUUCUUGCGUCCGAUGUGCUAUUUAGAGGUCGCGUGUUGCGUUAUAACACCGUUACAGCACUAAACACAAUCCACAGAAACUACCCAAAACAGCAAUACAACAACUGGAAAGAGAUACUGAUGGGUAUAAAAACUUCAAUGCCUACGAAAUUCCAUAACUUGAGCGUGUUUCAAGAGGACCCUGUCCCCCAACUUCCGUUCAACGUAAGUGGAAAUGUGAUGUUCACACCCCGAUGGAACGUUAGUAUGAAGAUGGUUAAACUGCCUAUCCAGCCUUUGGCACAUUUCAGAUCAGUCCAAAGGGAUCAAAACUCAGUAUUUUAACUAGUAGUUCAACUAGGGCAAAAGCAACUAGCAUCGACUGUAACCGUAUAGUUUCACCGAAUUUUUGCACACUGCAAGAGGCCACGGUCAGGAGAUUUCCGUGGACAACGGUUUUAUAGAUAGCCUUUAAAAUCACCCAUUAAUAUUAUGGUAGUCUUAAUUAUCCGCUUGAUGCAUUGAAUAAAUUAGGACCUCAUAAAAAAGACCGCCAUUAAAGCGGAUAAACUCGAAUAUAGACAACUUCUAUAUGGAUACCCUCCUCAUAGGGGUCCAGGCCAAAUAUGGAAAGCCUUACUCUAAUAGUGAACUGUCGCUGCCGUGUAUAUGUCGCUCGUUCAAUGAAAGACACUGGCUUGAUUUCUCGGCUUGACAAGGGGAGACAUUAUAGAUAGUAUUAGGAUUGGUUUAUCACUCCGGAACGAGAAUAUCAAACUCAAUCAAAGGUUGGUAUGUAGAAAAGGAACUAAUGACACAACUUUAAGUGCCAAGUAGAGCAUCGGACGUGGGAGGUGCCCGAUCGAGCAUCGCGAAAUCAGAUACAGGGUGUUGUCCAGUAGAGCAUCGGACGUUGGGGGUGUCCGGUCGAGGAUCGGACAUUGGGGUGUCCGGUAGAGUACGGGGGAUGGGGGUGUCCGUUUGAGUCGGAUGUGGGAAGCGUGCGGUGGGGCAUCGGACAUGGGGAGUGUCCAUGCAGUAUCGGAAUAGUGUCCAGUAGAGUAUGUGGAAUGGAAAGUGUCCGUUUUUGUUAUGGGAAAUGGGGAGUGUCUGGUUGAGUAUCAGACAUGGGUUGUGUCCCAUACAGUAUCCAAUAUGGGGUGCGUCCGGUAGAGUAUCCGGUCGAGUUCAGACACAGAAGGAGAGUAUCGGACAUGGAGAACAUCCUGUAGAGGAACAGACAUGAAGAAAGUGUCCGUUAGAGUAUCGGACAUGGGGAGUGUCCGGCAGAGCAUCGGACAUGCAUACUCCCUUUGUCCGAAUUUGGCAUUUGAAAAUACUAAUAAAAUCGAGAAAUUUCCAUAAA